AUGCCUAGAGACCCAGUUUUGACCACGGGCGGUGUUAGCCAACCGGAACCUUCUCAGUCCAGUCAUCUUUAUGCAGUUGCUCUUAAGCUGCCUACUUUCUGGCCUGAUAGUUGUGAAUCUUGGUUUAUCAACGCCGAGUCUCAGUUCCAUCUGAAGAACAUUACCAGCAGCGUUACUAAGUUCCACCAUGUUGUUGCAUCGCUCCCUCAGAAUGAGAUCGAUAGUGUGGUUGAUCUAAUCAGGAAUCCAUCAGCUACGGAUCCUUAUGGAAUACUCAGAGCUCGUCUCCUUCAAACACACUCCCUGACGGAUUAUGCUCGUUGUGAAUCUAUCAUGUCACUUCCCUUGUCUGGAGAUAUGCUUCCCUCUGCUUUGUUAUCCAAGAUGAGAGCCCUCCUUCCUACCGAGCAUCAAGACUGCCUGUUCCUACGGUAUGCCUUCUUGAAGCAACUUCCAGCUGACGUCAGGUCUCAUCUAGUUCAUGAUAAAGCCGUCGACAUUGCCAUCCUUGCUCAACGCGCUGAUGAGAUUUACAGGAGUAGUUUAUCUUCAAAUUCAGUUCUUAAUGCUGUGGAUUCUGUGAAUGCCGUGAACACUCAUCCUUCAAGGCAGAACCGUCGUUCCCAGCGCUCCCGUAGAGUUUCUAGCCCUGUUUCCCGCCGUUCGCAGACUCCAGCAGCCUCCUCCCGCCGUUCCUCUUCCCCGUCUACUUGCUGGUAUCACGCUAGGUUCGGAUCCAAGGCUCUAAGUUGUCAAGCUCCUUGUACCUGGUCAGGAAGCUAG